CGCUUCCGCUCAUGCGUUCUCACUCAACGUGCACUUCCUAUCGUUUGGCCUUCUAGUAGAGGACACGACAAAUCAGCAGCUGAAACAUGUUUUCCAGAAUUGCAAGACCUUCUCUGGCAGUUUGUUCUUCAGCAAGGAAGUUUUCCUCAUCGUCACAGAACAAUGCUAAAGUAGCAGUUCUUGGAGCUUCAGGGGGCAUUGGUCAGCCUUUGUCACUUCUGCUGAAAAAUUCGCACAGGGUAACACAUCUGUCACUUUAUGAUGUUAUGCACACACCUGGAGUGGCUGCAGAUCUGAGUCACAUUUCCACGAAAGCAAAAGUUACAGGUCACUUAGGUGAAGGUGAGCUUGCAGAUGCUGUGAAAGAUGCUGACUUAAUUCUCAUACCUGCUGGAGUACCUCGAAAACCAGGAAUGACCAGAGAUGAUUUAUUUAACACCAAUGCUGCAAUUGUCAGAGACUUGUGUGGAGUCUGUGCUGAAGUGUGUCCAAAUGCAAUUUUGGGUAUUAUCACAAAUCCGGUGAACUCAACUGUACCAAUUGCAGAAGAGGUAUACAAGAAAAAAAAUGCAUUUCAAGAAAACAGGAUAAACAUAUUUGGUGUGACAACAUUAGAUGUUGUAAGAGCCAACACAUUUGUUUCAGAAUUAAAGGGACUUGAUGUGGACAAGAUUAACAUACCAGUCAUCGGGGGUCACAGUGGAGUCACUAUUAUUCCAUUGCUGUCACAAGCUACACCAGCAGUGUCUUUUCCACAAGAGGAUAGGACAAAAUUAACAGAAAGAAUACAGAAUGCUGGAACUGAGGUUGUGGAAGCUAAGGCUGGAGCAGGAUCAGCCACCUUAUCCAUGGCAUUUGCAGCAGCUCGAUUUGCCUACAAGGCACUGGAUGCUAUAAAUGGUGCUGACAACAAAGUGGAGUGCGCGUAUGUUAGAUCUACAGAGACCCCGGCUGCUUACUUUGCUACGCCACUGCUUCUAGGGAAAAAUGGAGUGGAGAAGAAUCUUGGAAUCCCCAAAACAAUCGAGUAUGAAGCACAGUUAAUAGAAAACGCCAUGCCAGAACUACAAAGCAACAUCCAAAAGGGAAUUGAUUUCAUGAGCAAGUAAAAUGAUGGAAGGGUUUCACCAUGUGCAGUCGUGAUGAAAAAUUGACCAAAAUUGAUUUGUGAACAAUCAUACUGCCAAACUGAUAGUGCUGUUUCAAAAAAGAUCUACCCCCACUUGGCAAUCAUGUAUUUUGCUGUAUAAGAAUUAGAUAUAUUUACUGUGAAAGAGUGACUUGUGUCCAAGUACACUGUUUUGUGUAGGGUUUUGUUUUACAAAUUCUGAAUGAAAUAUACUGUUACAUUUCA